AUGUCGACCGGACGCAAGGUCUUCCACUGUGCCGUGGAUGAGACGGCGCUGACUACCAACAUCAGCGAAAUCAAAAAAUGGACAACAAACGGCGCGAUCACCUUGGUCGUUCCUCUUUACACCCUUGAACGCCUCCAUGCAUUGAAACGAGCCGGGUCUCAAGUCGCUAUCAACGCCCGCGAGGCGGUUCGCUUCCUUGACCGCGUUACUUCCGGAAAGGACAGCACUCCGGCCGAUCGCGUUGCCCUUCAGGGCCCGAUGGAGCAGUACGAGAACUGGAGUGAUGCGGAGAAGUUCUUUUUACCGGAAUUCGAAGAGGAGCCGGAGGCGACAAACGGAACCGGUGCCGGGGAGACGCCGUUGGAGAAGAAGGGACCUACAGGAAGAGACAACAAGAAAAACGGAGCCCCGGAUGAUCUGUCGCAAAUGCUUCUCAACAAGCUGAACUUUAAGAAGGACUCGGACGCCGCGUCGAUUAACUCGGCAGGGACUCACAGUGCCCCUGCGUCGCCACCUUCAUCAAGAAGUUCCCGCACGAGUCCCGAAUGUGCCAACUCUCAUGUGGUUGAGAAUGGAAACGGAACAAGCAACCGUAAAGUUAAGCAGACGAACGGACAUAAGCGAUCUGCUUCCGGCUCCACCAUUCCCACGGUUCCCUUGGUGCUCCGACCGCUACUCAGUGCGUUGCUGUGGCGGCUGCAUAGUGGCCCGGAUGCCUCCAACGCGGCUAAAAGCUGUAUUCUCAUUACGAACGAUCGCUCCACGCAGAUUUGGGCUCAGAAGUUUGGCAUUGGUGUAAAGAACAUCCAUCAGCUGCGGACUUCCAUUCAGUACGAAGAACGGGAAUACAAGAAUCGCUGCAAAUAUGUGGAAAAGACCCAAACUCAGACGGCCGAACCGAAGUCGCUGCUUUCCUACGACGACGAAAGCGACGAGGAUGAACUAGUCUUUGUUCCUCGGGGCCGCGGAAAAGGAAGCUCACGAGGAGCGUCGCGUGGCGGAAGCAAUCGGAAACCCGCCGCCUCUAAGAACACGGCGCCGCCUGUGGAGAGUACAAUGGAGAUUCCUACUCAGCCCAUCGACCCCAACUCUUUCAUACGCAAUCCGGGGCUGCGCGGGGCAUGGCCGGAGCGUCUCGGAACUACAAUAGUGGUCGCCGAGGAGCUCCUCGUGGACCAACUCGUGGUAACAGCCGAGGCCGGGGGAAACUCUGGGUUCCUUGACCGGACGGCAGAGCCCCGUUGA